GCUAUAUACAUGGCCACCACCUUUGUCCUACAAGUAACCAUUGGUUGAGCUGGUUUUUCAUCUGUUCUCUGGAGUUUCCUGAAGUCCCCAUUUCCCUUUUCCCAAUUCUUAUUUUCCAUUUUCUGUUUUCCUACUUUCUUUACUACAAUGAAGUGGUCUCCUCAAGAUGCCAUGAAGGCUUACUUGCACACUCUUCAACUGUGUAAAACCCACUUCAAUGAUCAAGAUUGCACUCUUGGAACCAGAAAUCUCAUUCAACCCCAAUGCAUGGAGUUCAUAUCAGCUUUGGCAGCAGGAAAUCAAGCUAAAUUAAUGGUGCAAAUCACCUCAGACCAAGGCAUCACCCCAUUAACAAUUGCACUUGCAGUGGCUGCAAAGCACACCAAAGCUCGAUUCAUCUGCAUUCUUCAUCAACUUCAAGAUAUAGAGGAUUGCAAAGCUCAACUUUCUUGCUAUAAUCUCGAAGACGUGGUUGAGCUUGUACAUGGAGAUCCUUGUGAGGUGAUCAUGGGGUUCAAGAACAUUGAUUUUGCUGUAAUUGACUGUAAACUUGAAGAUUACUUGAGAUUGUUUAAGAUUAUUGAUGUGAACCCAAGAGGGUCUGUAGUAGUAGCGAGCAAUCUUGAGAGAAGAAGAAAUGGAGCUAGUUUUGGUGAAGUUGUUAAAGGGAGGAAAGGAGUUGAAUAUGUGACUCGAUCUAUAGGAGAAGGAAUGGAGUUGACAAGAAUUAGAUUAUGUUGUAAGCCUCAGAAAAAGAGGUACAAGAGAUUCCAUGUAACUUUUGAGAGUUGAAGCAUUUAUAGUAUCAAUCUUUUCUUAUA